CCAGGACGUGGAAGAUAGAGACCUGUCUACACAAGCCGUAGCUAAUUGUUCCACAUCGCACAAAGAUGCAAAAACAGUUAAAAGAAUUUGGCUUAGGUGCUACAGCAGCCUGUGGAGCUUGCCUUUUCACAAAUCCUCUGGAAGUUGCCAAAACACGGAUGCAACUUCAGGGGGAAUUGAAGGCGCGCGGAACCUACUCGGUGCAUUAUAAAAACGUUUUCCACGCGUUUUACACGAUCGGUCGUUACGACGGCCUCAGAUCAUUGCAGAGCGGACUUGUUCCCGCUUUGGUUUACCAAGCUGUAAUGAAUGGAUGCCGGCUGGGCUCUUACCAAGUUUUUACGAACUUAAAACUGACUGCCAACGACGACGGUGAACUUGUGUUUUGGCGUUGCCUAAUUGCCGGUGGCAUUUCGGGAGCUACUGGAGCUUUUUUAGGGAGUCCGGCAUACAUGGUAAAAACCCAACUUCAAUCUCAAGCUACAGACACUAUAGCAGUUGGAUUCCAGCAUAGACACACUGGCUUUCUUCAUGCAAUAUCUGGUAUUUACCAGCAGUUUGGCAUCAAUGGACUAUGGAGAGGAGUCAGUGGUGCUCUCGCCCGUGUCAUGGUUGGAUCUGCUGUUCAGUUAUCAACUUUUUCAACCACUAAGGAAAGGAUUUUGCGAACAAAUUUCUUUCCAGCCAGGAGCUGGCUUAUUCCAGCUUCUGCUAGCAUGAUAAGCAGUAUAGCGGUGGUAACAUUUAUGACACCUUUUGACGUGGUAAGUACACGCCUUUACAACCAAGGAACCAAUGCAAGUGGUAAGGGACUCUUAUAUAAUGGAUUUGCAGACUGCUUUAUCAAAGUAUUCAAACAAGAAGGUGUUUUAGGGUUGUAUAAGGGUUUUGGACCACACUAUUUUAGGAUUGGUCCGCACACAAUCCUGAGUUUACUCUUCUGGGAUCAACUUAGAGUGUUGUCUUCCUCGUAUGGCUUUUAAGGAAGACAUGAUGUCUGGUGUUGUUAAUUUCAUUAAUAUAUUGUUUAUUGCUCUUUAUCUGAUAAGCUGAAUUAUCCAUGCAUUUUUACUGGUGAUAUCACCAUCAACAACGUUUUUCUUUUCAUAUGAAUGUAAAAAAAAAAACAAAUUGGGGAAAGUCUUUAGAGCUAUAGAUCACAGAAGAUCACAGAUAUAUAUAAUUAUUACAUGGCCAUGUGGAGAUAUGAAUUUUAUCUUUGAGUGCUGAGAUACUAAUCAGCACAUAUGAUUUUUUAGUAACAGGAAAAAUCUUGAUAUUUCAUCAGUAUCUAUAUAAUAAAUAUAUGUUUAUAUAUACCGCAUUUUGCUAUCUUUGUAUAAGCUUUGACUAGGAAUUAUUGAAAUUGUAGUCAAAUAGAAAACGGGUUGUACAUGUUCAAAAAUAUUCAUAGAGAUGCUUAAAA